AUGUUCGUAUGUUAUACUGUAUACAACAGCACAGCUACCGAGCCACCGGUUUGGUUCGGAUCGCCUCUAGAAGUACAAAGAUAUAGGAGAGAAGAAUGUCCAAUGAAUAGAGACGAAGUAAAAGCGAUUUGGUCGGCGCUGCAAAUUAUACUACAAGAUGGAACACUACAAAAAAGUUACGAAAAGGCCUUCGACGCAAUUGCCGAAGAUUUCUUGCGAAGGGUUAGCGAGUUACGUCACGCUGAAAACGCACUUAAUGAAGAAAUAAAUACGGAACUUUAUCGAUGGGCGCUUGAGACUAUAGGAGUAAUGAUGUUUGGCGUACGCCUGGGUUGCUUACAAGGGCCUGUACACAUUCCUUCAGAUAAUAGGCGCCCAGAGAUGACUUCAAUGGAUGACGACAUCAAGGAUCUAUGUUCCUUAUCCCAACGAAACCUGGAUGACUUGACUCCAGCUGAACAGCUGGUGAGGUGUUCCUUGGAAAUAGCCGACGAAAAUUACUUAGUGAGAAGUGAAAGUACGCUUAAACCAGAUUCUGAGCGAUUCAAGAAUGCUGUCUUGACUUUUGAUCGUCAUUUCAGCUUGACACAACAGUUUCUAACGGAAGCGCAAGCGCGUCUCUACAACGGCGAUAUAAAACCAGAGCAAAUACUCUUUGACAAACUAAAACCCCUUGGAGAAAAAAUGCUGCCCAUAGCCGCUGACGUAUUACUCGCUGGAGUUGAUCCACUUGCCCAAACAGCACUAAGCAUGUUCUAUCAGCUCUCACUCCACCCAGCACAACAACAGAGAGCCCACGAUGAAGUCGUUUGGUCGAAGGCUUCAAAGGACGCGGGCAUAGAGACCGGUGACCUGCCCUACAUAACUGCUUGUGUCAGAGAGGCGAUGCGGCUUAAGCCUGUUACAGGGGGAGUUGUGAGAAGAAGUAAAGAAGAAUUGGUCAUUGACGGAUAUGAGAUACCUGCUGGGGUGGACAUCGUAUUGGCACACGGAGUUUCAAGUAAAACAGAAGAAGAAUGGGGCAGGGCGAAAUCCUUCAUUCCGGAUCGGUGGAUCAGUCAAGGGUGGACGCCAAUUCAAGCUUCGAGAGCCCAUUCCUUCGCUUCCCUACCAUCUGGCCAGUCAUGCCCGGCCACUGGUAUCAUCAGUCCCAUGCUGAUACCACUCGCAACAAGAAUGUUGGAUAAGUACAGACUAGAAUGGCACGGUCCUAAACCCAAGUUGGUGACCGGCGGGGUUAACAAGCUCCAACCACCAUAUUACUUUGUGCUCCAAAAUGCUUCGUGA